AUGCCCUGUGUGCAAGCGCAGUAUAGCCCUUCACCGCCCGGUUCGAAUUAUGCAGCUCAGACCUACGCGUACGGCUCGGAGUACAGCUCGGAGAUCAUGAACCCUGACUAUGCCAAGCUGACCAUGGACCUGAGCAGCACCGAAAUCACUGCCACCGCCACCACCGCCCUUCCCAGCUUCAGCACCUUCAUGGAGGGUUACUCUGGAAGCUACGAGCUCAAGCCUUCCUGCCUCUACCAAAUGCAAUCUGCUUCCUCCGGCCCAAGGCCCCUCAUAAAGAUGGAAGACACCCGGCUCUCCCCGUACCAGCCCUCGCUCCCAGCCUCCACGGACGAAGGGAUGCCCAGCACUUCCAUGUACUUCAAGCAAUCUCCGCCCUCCACGCCCACCACACCCGGCUUCCCCGCUCACCAGAGCCUGUGGGAGGAGCCCCCCCUGCAGCCCACCCAGACCUGCCUGCCACCUGGACACCUGAUGGACACUGCCCCCAUGAAGACUGUGCCUCCGCGCUUCCCCCUCUUCCACUUCAAGAACUCUCCCCCGCACACGCCGACCGCCCACAUGUGCUACGACCCUGCCUCCCUCAGCCUGCCCCUGGGCUCCGACAGACCCGCCGCCAGCCAGACGCCCAUGGAGGGUCAUUCCUACGGGCUUCACCUGGCCAAAAGACCAGCCACCUUAGCCUUCCCACCGCUCGGCCUCAAUCUGGCGCCGGAGGUCAGCCUUCUCCUUCUCCAGGGCUGCCACCUUCUCCGCCAGCUUGCGGCACUUGCUGUGUCCCCACCCAGCAGGAGCUCCUCGUCUGGGGAAGGCACCUGCGCGGUCUGCGGGGAUAAUGCCGCCUGCCAGCACUAUGGGGUACGGACGUGCGAGGGCUGCAAGGGCUUCUUCAAGAGAACAGUUCAGAAAAAUGCAAAGUAUGUUUGCCUGGCAAACAAAAACUGUCCAGUGGACAAGAGACGUCGUAACAGAUGCCAAUACUGUCGGUUUCAGAAGUGUCUCAGUGUUGGCAUGGUUAAAGAAGUUGUCCGUACCGACAGCCUGAAAGGGAGAAGAGGUCGACUGCCUUCCAAACCAAAGAGCCCCUUACAGCAAGAGCCCUCCCAGCCCUCCCCGCCGUCUCCUCCCCUCAGCCUGAUGAACGCCCUCGUACGAGCUUUAACUGACUCCACGCCCAGGGAGCUUGACUAUUCAAGAUACUGUUCCACUGAUCAGGCUGCUGCAGGCACAGAUGCAGAACAUGUACAACAGUUCUAUAACCUUCUGACUGCCUCCAUUGACAUAACUAGAGGCUGGGCAGAAAAAAUCCCAGGAUUUACUGACCUCCCAAAAGAAGAUCAGACAUUACUCAUAGAAUCAGCUUUUUUGGAGCUGUUUGUACUAAGACUCUCCAUCAGGUCUGAUACUGCUGAGGAUAAGUUUGUAUUCUGCAAUGGACUCGUGCUUCAUAGACUUCAGUGCCUUCGUGGAUUUGGGGAGUGGCUCGACUCUAUUAAAGACUUUUCCUUAAACUUAAAGAGCCUUAACCUUGAUAUCCCAGCCUUAGCAAGUUUAUCAGCUCUAACUAUGAUUACAGAACGACAUGGAUUAAAAGAACCAAAGAAAGUGGAAGAGCUAUGCAACAAGAUCACAAGCAGUUUGAAAGAUCACUUAACUUUCAGUUGCCAAAACAAAGGACAACCGCUUGAGUCUGCAGAGCCGAAGGUGCUGGGUGUUCUGGCUGACCUGCGUUCUCUCUGCACACUGGGACUGCAGCGCAUCUUUUACCUGAAACUGGAAGAUUUGGUGCCAGCCCCUUCCAUUAUUGACAGGCUGUUUCUGGACACCUUACCCUUCUGAGUCGAACCACCCUCCUGAAAGGCAAAUGCCCACCAGAGCAGGCAAACGGACCGUGACUUACAGCUAACAUUUCUGUCCUCAUGGUAACAGAAAAGCAGCUCCAGGUCUAAAAUGAGGUCUUUUCUGGCGCUUUGUCCUUACAACUGGAGGCCUGAAGCUUACUGGCUUCCUGGUUUGGGGUUGUGCUCUUUGUUUUCUUUUGUGUGAUUUGAGUUUUUUUUAAAUGGCUAAUAUGGCACUUUUUGGACAAUGCUAUCCCAGCAGCAGUAAGAGGUUAACAUGACUGUUUUAAAUCUGUUGUUUUAACACCUCAUGGUAUAUGAGGAAUAAAAGCGUAAGUUUGAAAACAAGAACAGCAAAUAGUUGUUUGCCAGGGUAGUAUGUGUUUUGUGAGGAUACCUUUGGCAUACUUCCUGCAUCAAGGGCACAUACAUCAGCACAAUUGAAAGAAAAUUUCACUUUUUUAGCAAAGUACAUUCAAUUGAACAUUUCAUACAAAUCAAAUAUAGCAAAAUGACAAUGGCUGUUAGCUCCCAUGUUCAAGUGCAAUUUUUUUAAAGUGCUGUCUUACUAAGUCUCGUUUAUUAACUAAUUUAUUUUACUAUGGAAACAAACAGAAGAAAUCGAGUGAGAAAAUUACAUGCACUAACUUACCUGACCGAGUUUUCCAAACUUGAUUCCAUGUAGCGUGAUUUAUUGACAAAUGUAUGUGGAAGACACGGGAGCAAUUGUGGCUCAGUUGUUCCUUAGCUAAGGAAAUCCGAGUAAGUAGUGAUUGGAGCAUACAGGGUCAGCAUCAGGGAUAGUUCAGGUUUAGACUUUUAACACAGGCAACUAGUUAGUAAACAGACAGAAGAUGGUUUUCAAGAACAAGCAAGUCUUGUAAAAUAGUAUGAAUGUAAGUGCUAGGAAGGAUAUAGUGGGCUGCGGUUAAACAUUCCGUGUUCGUACUUCUUUUUGUAUGUUUAUACUGUUGAUGCCAUAUUAAUAUGAAAUAAUUUGUUGCAUAGUGUCUUUAUUUGUAUAAAUGUUUGUAUGCAUGGUAUAUUGUAAUGGCUUUGCCUGUAUUUAUUGCAAUGACUGCCAGCUCAUGGGAGCCCUGUUACACAUGAAAACUAAAUGGGGUGUUCACACUGACUCAGAUACACCAGUUGGAAAACUAUAUACAUAUAUAUAAUGUGUAUAUAUAUAUCUAUAUACCUAUAUUUGUGUGUGUGUGUGUGUGCGGGUGUCUUUUUAUUAACCAUUUGUAUAUAAAAUAUCUGUCAAAUCACAAGCAGAGUUAUUUUACAGUUUAUUUGCAGUGACUUCUAAGGCAGUACUGUUUAGCACUUUGAUAUUAAAAAUCUUGCUCAUGUUUUGCUAAAUUCAAAUAAUAUUUAAAAAGUUUAGUUCUAAAAAACUUUAUAUGCACUGUAUUAAGUCAAAAUUUUGUUGGUCAUUUUGGUAAGGAAAUUUUUGAAUGUCAACCUGAUGUCACUGUAUCUUUUGUUAGCUUUAAACAUUCUAGCUUUUGUCUUUUUUUAAACUAUGCUGUUUAUAUGGAAAUUAAAUUAUACAAUCAAACAGAUGCCAAAUGAAUUGCCUAAUUGCUGCAAAGGAUAACCCAGAUAUCAAGUCACUGUAUGGUUUUCAAAUAGUAAUCUGGUAUUUUAUCACUUACUAUGUUUGGAUGUGCUUUUAUGAAAAAAUUAUUCUUAUAUCAAGAUUUAUAGUAGUGUCAAUAGGGAAACAGACUUCUAAUCACUAUAGUUAAUAUUUCCGGUUUACCUGCAGAUAAUAUUUGGAAAAGUAUUGCUUUUUGUAUUGACUUUUAAGCUUAUGUGCAAACUUAAUAGCAUAAUUAAAUAUCAGAGAAGCUAAUGUUUCUUGUAGGUUGCUGUAACAAGCCUGACCAGCAAGACAAAUAUAUUUUGACUGAA